AUGGCCGAACUGAACCGACAGCUCCAGGAGUACCUGACCCAGUCCAAAAGCGGCGGAGCCAAGUCCAGCUCCAGCACCUUGGUGGAAGUGGGCGAACCGGAAGCGGUACCGGGCAGCUGGUUCGGCCGGUGGUCCAGUCCGUGGUCCGGGCAGAGCUCCGGUUCCUCCUGGCCCUGGUCGGCCGACCCGGACCCGUGCCUGCCCGGAGUGACCCGGAAGCAGCGCCUGCUGGGGUUCGGACUCUGCGCGGCCAUGUCGGCUCUGUGCUUCGGGCUGUCGGUCCUCUACGCCCCGCUGCUGCUCCUCUACGCCCGGAAGUUCGCGCUGCUCUGGACGCUGGGCUCGCUGUUCGCUGUGGCGGCGGUGGCGGCGCUGCGGGGGCCCAGCCGGCUGCUGGCCGGCCUGCACCGCUCCCCCGGGGCUGCGGCCUACCUGACCGCCCUGGCCGGGACGCUAUACGCCGCUCUGGGCCUCCACAGCACCGUGCUGACGGCACUGGGAGCCGGCCUGCAGGUGGCGCUCAUCCUGGGCUGCCUGGUGGCGCUGCUGCCCGGGGGCAGCGCUGGGAUCCGGGUUCUGGGCGGUUGGACUUUCUCCGUCCUCAAGAGGACCGUCAGUGGCAGAACUCUGUCGAUCUGAGCGGAACUAAACCUAGAACCGAACCGGAGUGGAUCGAGACAUUCCUCUGGAGGAAUAAACCCUGGGCGCUGACUGCCAGGAGGAUCUGGAGUUCGAAGGACCAAAGUACAAAAACUGUGAUGGGGGGGUAGGGUGGUUCUGGUUCUGAGUUGUUGUAGCUUUGCUAAUAAAACAGGUUCUACCAGCGGACUGGGUCUUUACUGGUUCUGGACUCCCUAACUGGGUUCCAACGGUCGGGUUUGUUAUGGGGUUCUGAUGUUGCCAUCACUUCUGGCUUCCUGUCCUGCGUUCCUUGUACCGAAGGUUCUACGAGCCAACUGGGUUUUUACCACCUGGUUCCUAACGGUUCUGGAUGGUUUGAUAUUUAUCCAAAAUGAGACUCUGACUUUGACAUGGAAAAGUCCAACAGAACCUUCUAUAACCUUCCUACACAGACAUGAAAACCCAGACUCUGGUUCCAGACUAGUUAACUGGACCCCAGGGUUCCUCCUGGUUCCGUAUCAAACAAACAACCUGGUGGGAGAUGAGGGAAUUAAAACAGUGACAUCACGGGGAGCUGGUCUAACUGGACCACGUCAGACUCCAUAGGAACCCUGGGAUUCACCGACCAGAACCUGUGCCAUCAGACGGGUUCUGGUUCUGGUGAAAGAAAUCCAUCCGG